GACACUGACACCCAAGGUGAUAAUGGGGGUGACAGUCGGAGGGACACUGACACCCAAGGUGAAAGUCAGCGGGACACUGACACCCAAGGUGAUAAUGGGGGUGACAGUCGGGGGGACACUGACACCCAAGGUGAAAGUCAGAGGGACACUGACGCCCAAGGUGAUAAUGGGGGUGAAAGUCGGAGGGACACUGACACCCAGGUUGAUAAUGGGGGUGACAGUCGGAGGGACACUCACACCCGCGGUGAUGCUGGAGAAGUGCACUUUUUCCCUCCUCUCUACAUACAGAGAUAUACUUUUGCCUUGACCUGUUUAACACAGCACAGUGUUAAAAGUGUGGUUGAUUUUGGCUGUUCCGAGUGUGGCCUGAUGAAAUUGCUGCCAACUGUCCCCAGCCUGGAAGAAGUUGCAUUGGUAGAUAUUGACAAGCAAUUGCUGCAAUCAAAGAAACAUAUCAUUGAGCCAGAACUGCGACAUUACAUUUACCGCAGACAGCGGCCGCUGCAUGUCAAGCUGAUGGCAGGCAGUGCUGAACUCACAGAUGCUCGUCUGCUCCAUUAUGAUGCUGUCUUGUUGAUUGAGGUGAUUGAACAUCUUGAAGCUGGUGUCCUAGAACGUGUGACAGACAAUGUUUUUGGCAACAUGAGACCCAGACUGUGUGUCGUGACCACGCCCAACUCUGAGUUCAAUGUUUUGUUUAACAACGACGACCCCAAAAAGUUCCGCCACUGGGAUCAUAAGUUUGAGUGGAGCCGGCAGCAGUUUCAGCAGUGGUGUCAGCAAGUUUGUCACAAGUAUUGCUACCUCGUGGAGUAUUCAGGUGUAGGCAGCUUGCCCUCCCGGCCACACAGUGACGGUCUUGGGCCCUGUAGCCAGGCAGCCAUCUUUACUCGACAGCAACAGACAGUUUCCCACAAGUCCUUGCCCCAGAAUGCACUCUGCUAUGAAUUGAUUGCGGAGUCAGAUUUUCCGUUUGAGAAGGAUAUCUUAUCACUGGAGGAGAAAAUAGAUUUUGAGGUGUCGUACUGCCUACGUCAGAUGUUUGUUUCAUGUAGGGAUUCUGUGAGUAUAGGCCAGCCCGUUGAGAUACGCAUCGCUGACCUGGCCAAAUUGUACACUGUGAGAAAUUUAUGUGACGAAGCAGGUGUCCGAGAAAGUCUCCACAGAUGCCACCAGCAACUUUCUCUUGAUGGUCUGUGUGUUGUCCUGGAUGCUGACGACAGUGACAAUGAGGAUGAUGACAGUGGUGGCUGGCUUCUGUCAGAAUGUCAUGUACAUGUAGGUCACCGUGAAUCACCUGGGGGGCACCUGUCAGUUACAUGUAGGUCACAGCAAGUUACCUGGGGACAACUGUCAGUUACAUGUAGGUUACCACAAGUUACCUGGGGUUAA